AUGCCGUAUACGGAGUCAUGCCUGCGCGAAACUAUGCGAAUUGAAACCUUGGUUCCUUUAAAUUUGCCGCAUCGCGCCCAAACUGACACCUUAAAUGGAUACAAUAUACCAAAAGACACUAUGGUCAUAACCAAUUUAUGGAGUAUACACCACGAUUCCGAUAUAUGGGGAGAUCCUGAAGUAUUUCGACCUGAACGAUUUGGAUUCACGCGGUUUGUUAAAGAAAAAAAUAUCACUUUACCAUUUGGAGCAGGAAAACGUUUGUGUGCUGGAGAAACGUUUGCACGUCAGAAUAUGUUCCUGAUGUUUGCAUCCUUAGUUCAAAAUUUCAUAUUUUCACCAGCACCCGGAAAAGAGAAACCGCCGCGCCGGGGAGAACUAUCAGGAUUCAUAAUUUCUCCAAAGGACGUUUGGAUAAAGUACCAAGUGCGGUAUUUUUUUACUGAUGGUAACUUUUGGCAUGAACAACGUCGCUUUGCAUUACGUUACAUGAGAGAUUUUGGAUUUGGAAGACGUUGUCCUUCAUUAGAAGCAAUGAUCAAUGAGGAGUUAAACGAUUUAAUUAAUUUGCUCCAAAAACGGUCCAGUAGAGAAAGAUGA